AUGAGCUCACCCAGCACCGAGGCGAGCCUGGCGGAAUUGAAGGUGUACGCCAAGAAGGCUUGGGUCCAGGCGACACUGACAGAAAAAGUGGUCGACGAGGCCAGCCGCACAGUCAAGAUGACAUUUGAGGGCAACGACGAGGAUGCGCCGCAGACGUAUCACUUUGAGGCGACCUUUGACGAACUGCUCAAGAAGCUCAAGGGCCUGCCGCCGCUGGUGAAUCCGCCGCUGCUGGAGGGAAUCGAUGACCUGACGAACCUCAGCCACCUCAACGAGCCAGCGGUCCUGCACAACCUGCACGUGCGGUACGGGAUGCACAACAUCUACACGUACUCGGGCAUCGUGCUGGUCGCGCUGAACCCCUUUGCCCGUGUGCCGCUGUACUCGCAGGAUAUCCUGGAGGCGUAUGCAGGACGCAUGCGGGGCGAGCUCGAGCCCCACCUGUUUGCGAUCUCCGAGGAUGCAUUCCAGGGGAUGGUGCGGGACCGGAAAAACCAGACCAUCAUUGUGUCUGGCGAGUCAGGAGCGGGCAAGACCAUGAGCGCAAAGUACAUCAUGCGCUACUUUGCAUCGGCGCACGAGGACGGCAGCUCGUCGAACGAUUCGUCGGGGAUCAGCAAGGUUGAGGAGCAGAUCCUGGCCACAAACCCGGUUCUUGAGUCGUUUGGUAACGCCAAGACCACCCGCAACGACAACUCGUCGCGGUUUGGAAAGUUCCUGGAGAUCCGAUUCAACGAGCGGCACGCCAUCGAGGCGGCGUUCAUCCGCACAUACCUGCUUGAGCGGUCGCGUCUGGUAUACCAGCCAACGAUUGAGCGCAACUACCACAUCUUCUACCAGCUGCUUGCGGCAGUACCCGAGGACAUGCGUGACAAGCUCGGACUCACCAAUGCUACGUGGGAGACAUUCCACUAUACGUCGCAGGGUGGCAGCGGCGAGAUCGCCGGUGUCGAUGACGCAGUCGAGUUCAAGAUCACCAGCGAUGCGCUGUCUGUCAUCGGUGUCAGCAACGAGAGCCAGAAGCUGAUCUACACGCUGCUGUCUGCGCUGCUGCACAUGGGCAACCUGGAGAUUGGCGGGUCAGAGCGGAUGGGAGCCUCGAUCAAGGACGAUAACGCGGCGUGCAACAAGGUGGUUGAGCUGCUCCAGAUCGACGGCACGCUGUUCCGCAAGUGGCUGACCAAGAAGCAAAUUGUGACGCGCAGCGAGAAGAUUGUCAGCAACCUCACCGUAGUCCAGUCGCAGGUCGUUCGGGAUUCGGUGGCAAAGUUCAUCUAUGCACAUCUGUUCGACUGGAUCGUCGCUACUAUCAAUGCGUCGCUGGUCGGGUCGGCAGCUGGUGAUCCGGCGUCGUUCAUCGGCGUGCUGGACAUCUAUGGGUUCGAGCACUUUGAGCACAACUCGUUUGAGCAGUUCUGCAUCAACUACGCCAACGAGAAGCUGCAGCAAAACUUCAACCGCCACGUGUUCAAGCUGGAGCAGGAGGAGUACCAGCGCGAGCAGCUGGCCAACUGGACAUUUGUUGAUUUCCAGGACAACCAGCCGUGCAUUGAUCUGAUUGAGGGCAAGCUAGGUGUGCUAGCGCUGCUCGAUGAGGAGAGCCGGCUGCAGCAGGGCACGGACAAGACGUUUGCCGAGAAGCUGUACAGGCAGUUUGCCAGCUCGCCCAAGCCGCAACCCGAGACGCCGUCGGCGUUCUUCCGCAAGCCGCGCUUUGGAUCAGACAAGUUCACUAUCCGGCAUUACGCCCAUGACGUUACAUACGAGUCCGAAGGGUUUAUCGAAAAGAACAAGGACACGGUGCCGGACGAGAUCCAGAACGUGCUCAAGGCGUCGACCAACUCGUUCCUGAAGGAGAUCCUGGUGGAGCCCGAGCCCGAGCAGCAGCCGGCGCCAAAGGGCCGGCUCAGCGUGCGUGCCGCUCGCAAGCCGACGCUCGGCACUGUGUUCAAGCACUCGCUGGUGUCGCUGAUGGAGACGAUUGAGGCGACCGAGUCGCACUACAUCCGCUGCAUCAAGCCAAACGAGGCCAAGGCGGCGUGGCAGUUCGACGCGCCAAUGGUGCUGGCCCAGCUGCGCGCCUGCGGUGUGCUCGAGACGAUCCGCAUCAGCUGCGCCGGCUACCCAUCGCGGCUGCUGAUCCCUGAGUUUAUCCACCGCUACCGCGUUCUGCUGCCCUCGGAGGUCUCGUCGCAGGCAAACUCAAUGGAAGACGUGCGUGCGCUGGCAGUCAAGAUCCUUGACUCGGCGUUCCAGGAGAGCGACCGCUACCAGGUCGGGCUGACCAAGGUGUUUUUCCGUGCUGGCAUGCUCGCGCUGGUCGAGAAGCUGCGUGUCGAGCGGCUCAACAGCGCUGCUACCAAGAUCCAGUGCCUGGUGCGCGGGCACCAGCAGCGCACAAAGUUCCUCAAGAUGCGCAAGGCAGCCCGCGUCAUCCAGCUCGGCGUGCGCGGGUAUCUGGCGCGUCGCGAGCUGCAGAAGCGGCGCAACACCCGCGCUGCGGUGGUCAUCCAGUCGGCGGUGCGUGCCUACCUGGCUCGUACCAACUAUGCUCGCGAGCGCCAUGCAAUUGUGCGGCUGCAGGCCAUGGUGCGCGGCAAGAUUGCCCGCAAGCAGACGCUUGCUCUGCGCCAGGUGCAUGCGGCAAGCGUCAUCCAGAAGCACGUACGUGGCCACCAGAAGCGCAGCGCGUAUCUGCACCAGCGCGACCUGGUCGUCAAGAUGCAGAGCAACGUGCGUGCUCGUGCUGCCCGGCGCGAGCUCAAGGGGCGCAAGGAAGAGGUACGGUCGGCUGCUCACUUCCAGGAGGUCACAUACAAGCUCGAAGGCAAGCUGAUGGAGCUCACGCGUCAGCUGCAGACCCAGCGCAACGAAUCGAAGCAGCUGUCGAUCCAGCUGGCCGAGUCGGAGGCCCGCUCGGCCCAGCUGGCCGAGAAGCUGGCUGGCUCGCAGCAGGAGUCGCGGGAGCUGCGCGACCAGCAGGAGGACAAGAUCCGUCUUGCCACCGAGGAGCUGACGCGCCAGGUGGCCGAGGUCACUGCUGCCAAGGCGGCUGUUGACGAAAAGUGCAAGCAGCUGGUGGACCAGGUUGCGGCUACGCACAAGGAGCUCAACGCCGUGCGUGCUGAGGCCGAGCGGGAGCGCGGCGAGUCGAUGACUGCUCGUGAGCAGCUCGAGAAGAAGCUGGAGGAGCUCGAGGCCGAGCUGUCUGCAUCCAAGACGCAGCUGGCCGACGCCCGCGCCCAGCACCAGCAGCAGAUGCUGAUCUACCAGCAGCAACACAGCAAUGAGCAGCCAUCGUCGAUCAAGCGCUCCGACACCAGCGGCAGCAGGUGGAAGGCAGCGGCCAACUACUCUGCCACCGGCUACGAGAUGGCUGACUCGGCCACGCCGCCGCACCCGCUGCCGCACGUUGGUGGCGCUGUCCUGCCCAAUGCCCACGCCAACGCGCACCCGAUUUCGCCGGUCGAGGACGUGCAGCGUCGCCCGCAUUCGGUUGACACUGCGCGCCAAGCCUCUGCGCGUGCACUGGAGAGCGUUGCCAACAAGCGGUCGACCAUCGGUGGCGACGAGGGCCGCACAUUGGCCAAGAUGCUGGGCUCGCUCGGUGCGUUUGGCGCCGGUGCGAUUGCCGAGGAGGAGGAGCAUCCAGCCUUCGAGCUGCACAGCGAGGACGAGGUGCGCGAUAUGCUGGAAAGCGACGACAACCUGAUCACCGAGGUACUCAACGAGCUGAUCGGUGAUCUGCAGGUGCCGCUGCCCAACCUGGAUGCCGAGUACUCGCAGCCUGACCUGCUGUUCCCGGCGCAUCUGAUCGGCCUGUGCGUGAUCAAGAUGUUCCAGUACAACCUGUCACGUCGCAUUGACCGGCUGCUGAUGUCGUCGAUUGCUCGCAUCCAGAAGAAAACCGCGGCGUUUGAGUCCGACUACACUUCUGCGUUCUGGCUGUCGAAUGUGUUUGAGCUCCUGUCAAUCAUCAAGACAUCGAUGACCGAGCACCAGUCGUCGACGUACGAGUACGCCGAGUCCGAGCGUGCCAUGAACGAGGGCAUGCAGUAUCUGGAGAGCCUCCUGUCGGACAUCUACUUUGGCUGGAUCAGGGACCUGCAGAAGCGCUUUGGCAAGCUGAUCAUCCCUGGCGUCGUCGAGAGCGAGGCGCUUCCUGGCUUCACUGCCAACGACUCGAGCUUCUUCAACCGGCUCAUGGGCACUGGCCCGCGCGAGUCGCCGGUGAAGAUCGAGAACGUGCUGAGUUUCUUCAACCACAUCUGGCGCACGAUGGAGUUCUACUUUGUAAACCCCGCGAUCAUGCGCCAGAUCAUGUCGGAGCUGCUCUGCAACAUUGGCGUGACGGCGUUCAACAACAUCAUCAUGCGCCGCAACUUCUGCUCGUGGAAGCGUGGCAUGCAGAUCCAGUACAACCUGACCCGCAUCGAGGAGUGGUGCAAGACACACAACGUUGCCGACUCGUCACGCAACCUCGACCGCCUCCUGCAGCUUGUAAAGCUGCUGCAGCUGCAGAAGUCGUCGGAGCAGGAUAUCGACAUCAUGUUCGAGGUCUGCGACCUCCUGAACCCAGCCCAGAUCAAGAAGCUGCUGUCGAUCUAUGCUGUCAGCGACUACGAGAACCCGAUUGUCGGCCCGGUCAUGACCGAGGUUACCCGCCGUGCUGCCUCCACCGAGAAGUCUGACAACAUCCUUCUCGACACCAACGAUCUGACCGACCAGGUCCUGUACCUGACCGCGCGCAAGGUGCCGGCGAUCGAGACGUACAUUCCGCCCGAGUUCAAGAUGCCGCGUGUGCGUGCGCUGGUUGACUCGCAGACCGACGUGGCGUACGAUGACGAUGACGAGGAGUAUGGAGAUGAGGACGACGAGGUCGGCGACUACGGCCACCACCCAGUGGACCGGUACAGCGAGCAAACGCUGGCCUACAACUAA